AUGGCAAUGCGUGGUGUAAUGCGAUGCGCAUGUAACAUAUAUUCAUCGCUCUUUAUAGGCGACAAUGUGGAUUGUUGGAUGGAAAUUCAGCAUGGCAAGGGUCCGUGGGCGCCACCCGUGUCUGGCAUCGUGCCGCUUGGCUCCACUCUCACUCUGGUCGUCGCCAUAAACGAUUAUCGAGGUGAGUUCGACAUGCGGGUCAAGUCGUGCGUCGCUUCGGAUGGAGGUGAUCAUACGAUACAGCUUAGCGACGAGUUCGGCUGCGUGCUGAGACCGAAAAUGAUUAGCCGGUUCUUGAAAGCGCGCGGUUCGGACGAUCGCGCGACCGUCAUCACGUAUGCCUUCUUUCAUGCCUUUAAAUUUCCAGAUGCAUUAAGUGUUCAUAUCAAAUGCAAGGUGGAAAUAUGUCGACAUGGUUGCUUGGAUCAUUGUCAAUUGAGCGGUUCUGUAGCUCACUAUAUUCAAGAAAGAAAGGAUCAAAUACGACCGCAAUAUAUUGAGAGUACAUCAGCCUCUAUCAUUUCUAACGAUAACGAUAACAGUAGCGCGGACAAAGACAACGAAGAUGCAAGUGACAGUGCGGAAGAACAGGAAGAUAGUUCUCUGUACGAUGACGUUAUCCAAAAUGGCGAUGAAAUGACAUCGAUCGGCGGACAUUUCCUGGACGUUGAAAAAUCAAUUCCAAAAGCACAGGCACAGACGAGUAAUCGACUACCUUUAACCGUGACUGAGACGCAACACGAUAGCGAGGUCCAUCCGGAUAAUGUCGAUUUAUCAAAACCAUUUAUGGAACCAUCGCGAGUAAACAGGUACGAGAGUGAGCAGGAUCAAUUCCCGCAUGGACCACGGAAUCUGGAAGAGAAUGGCGAUACGGUGCCGGUGACGCCGCUCUCCGCCAGCGUCACCCGCCGAAAACGCUCGGUGACGGUGACGGAUAGAAAAGCGCGCAGUGCCGACGUCGGCGUCAGCGGUAUUUACGAAGUCAUCUCCGAAGCGGAUCUGGCCUUUAGUCCGGACACGCACGCCGAGGCAGUGACGGUCUUUCAAGGCAGGAUACGCGAGGAGGUCGUUUACGGGAUCUGUCUGCCGGUGCCGGGUUUCAGCGCGCUUUUCAUCGUCGUUGCGCUCUCGGCGGUCGUUUCCGCCCUCGUUGCGGGCGCGAUGCUGCACCGGUUGCAAGCGCAGCGGGACGUCACCGCUGGUAGCAGGGAGAACGACCAGGCUGGGGUACACGCCAAUAACAACGGCUGGCUAUCUUAUGGUCUACUCCGCGUGCGUUGCACCCCACGAUCCACCCCUCAUCACCCCGAUCAACUACAACAAAAACAGAUCAACGUAGCUUCGCAGAUCGCUGCGGAUCCGUCAAUCGAGCGAAAUUGACGACACUUGACGACGCUUGACGACGCUUAAGCUCACGAUUUUAAAACGCGUGGGCCGGGUGUGUUUGAGGAGAGACAAUGUGCAAUAAUACGCUGUACAAAGUAUCAUAAGUGCGUAAGGAGCUGCGCGCGCGAUUAUAUCGAGCAUAACAAGCAUUUUGUAGAGAAAUACGCGGAGGUGGGCUAAAAAAGAUGGAAAACUAUUAUUUCUCACUAAUGUUUGGAUAUCCUCCUGCGAAUCGCGCGACAACAUUGAAUUCUCGCGAAUCACAGGAUUGUUGAGAAUUCUAUUUCUGCUAAAUACUUGUAUUAGUCUGAUUUUAGUGAAACUAUUUUGUAAUUCUCGUAACGUGAAUCUCAUAACGCGAUUUUCCAUCGUAAAUUUCGCAUUGUUAUUUCUCCUGAACUCUUGUUAAGCAACGACAAUAUCAUACUGUUUUCAUAAAUCUCCUUGCAAAUAAAUUUUUAAUCGAAUUCUGGAUUAAUCGAUUCUGGAAGAUGAACAAUUAUGAGAAUCACUGAUAGACAGAUCGCGAUUUUGCGAAGAUUUUGAUUAAUAAUAAAAAUCAUGGGUAAAAAUCAUGUAGAAAGUAACCUAAGAAAAUAAUAUAGAAAAUAUUUCAUGAUUAUUGUAUUAAUAGAUACUCGUAAGAUUAAUGUAUUUUCUUUUUUGUCAUACGAAUAGUAAAAAUGAUACAACUACGAUCGCUCCGGUACAU